AAAAAUGAAUUGAAAGCAAAUUGAUUCGAUAGCACAUCAGUCUGUGUAAACAUAUUUUCAGAUAAAUAUAUACAUAAGAGACUAUAUGCUCGGAGAAGUGGUGCUCAUUCAAUCAAAUUCAGGGGCCAAUCAUUUGAAAUGUUGCGUACCUAUUUAUCAGUAAACGAAAAAACUAUCAUUGCAAUAGAAACUCACAGAUUUCUGACAACAGUUUAGUGUUUGAAACCAACAACUUCGAACAUGGAUAACUUUUUUGUAGUGAUUCUUGUUGCGCUCACAGGAGCGGUGCAGUUUUCACUAGAGCAAAACAUGAGGUCGAACAUUAACACAGACACGGAUGUUAAGGGACCUCAAUUUGUGAAAACGCGAUUUUGGUUAUAUACGAAAGAGAGCCGUGAAACUGGGCAGGAGAUCUUUGUAAACGAUGAUGAAUCUGUGAUUAAUUCAAAUUUUGAUGCAAAAAAUCCUACCAGGUUUUUCAUCCAUGGUUGGAGUGAUAGGGCAACUUCUAUUUCAGCUGUUCAAAUCCGAUCUUCUUACUUGGAUCGUCAAGACUACAAUAUAUUCACGGUAGAUUGGAAUAACAACGGAAAGUCAACUAACUACGUAAUGGGACGCAUCAAUGUUAACGAAACAGGACAGCAAGUGGCUGACUUUAUAGGUUUCAUGGAAGAAAAUCACGGCCUCAACUUAAAUGCAACUUUUCUCAUUGGUCAUAACCUGGGAGCGCAUAUUGCUGGAAUUGCUGCCAAGGGGUUCAAAAACAAAGACGUUCCCAUUAACACUAUUUUUGGUCUGGAUCCAGCGCUACCCCUGUUUUCAAUCAAUGACCCUGAAUCUCGAUUAGCCAUUGGUGAUGCCAAGUUUGUGGAAACCAUUCAUACUAAUGGUGGGCAAAUUGGUUUCCAAGCACCUAUCGGGGACGCCGCUUUCUAUCCGAAUUGGGGACGAAGGCAACCAGCUUGCUUUUAUGAAUCAGAUGGUACUUGUUCGGAUCAGUUGGUUACGAGUUACUUUGCAGAGUCUCUUGAUGAAAGAUAUGAGUAUCUCGGCAAAGAAUGUGGAAGCUAUGAUAAUAUAAGAGAUGAGAAAUGUCCAACCGCUGGUACAGCUCACAAGCUUGUGAAAAUGGGUGGCGAUUUGGUAGAUAAUACUAUCGCUGGUGUUUACUAUGUGCCGGUCGAUGAGAAAUAUCCAUAUGUAGUAACUAAUAAAACAUGGAUCGAUAAUUUGGUUAAAUAGAUAU